AUGUUUCGCAGACGAUGCAGGAAGUACAGCUUGAUCGGUCUGGCCGCCGUGGGCAUCGGGGCAGCUGGGUUCUGGUACUGGUACAGAAAGGAUGCGGCCGAGACGGCGGGCGGCGCGACCGAGCCCUGCAGCGUGCAGGCGAACGGGCACAGUAGGUCGAAAGGGGACGCGGGCCGGCAUAGCAACGAACAUGAGAAGGCUGAUGCGAUGUGCGCGGUGGUUCAGCGCGUCGCGGACACGACGACCAUGCCUUCCCUGAUGCCACGACUGGAGCAGAGGAUCCUGGAGGCGCUGGACGUCGAGGUGUUCGCCGCGAACCUGCAGCAAGAGCGAGCGAACAUGACGGUUGCUGAUCGACGGGCGGGUCUGCGCACCGUGACGCUGCGGUCCUUCGCCAGAGCUGGCGCAGUGUGCUGGGCGCUGCCUCUGGUGCACUCGCUGGUCAAGGUGCAGCUGGCGAUCGUCGGGAGUCUCAUCGCAGCGGAGAGCCGCGGAUCGGGAGCGGGGCCCUCUCAGGAGAUGCAGCGGAAAUUCCUGUCCCUGUCCGAGCACCUCCUGCACGACGGGGUGGAUGCCAUCGCCGGACAGGCCGUUGAAGCAGUCGAGGCCAUCUUCGCCGAUGGACAAUGCGACCUCGAGCAGAAGCUUGGCGAGGCGCAGAUCGUCAGCGUCCUCGUUCACAUCGUGUCCGGCAUCGAGGCGAAGCUGCGCGAGGGCAACAUGUGGGUGGACUUGCUGCUCCCAGCACAGGGGCUGCGUGACGUCCUGGACGCCCCCGCGGACUCGCAAAACCUUCAAAUGCUGCUCAGCGUCACGAAAGCAGCUCGCCUGAGCGAGAGCGUGGAUUCGUUCCUCACAGCACAGGACAUGGUGCGGUUACGAGGGUGUCUGGGCGCGCUGCUGGAGUGCGCAAGCGAACCCACCUUUCUCCAUGCGGCCCACGGCGCAGCCCUGCAGACCGCUAGGUGCAUCGCGCGGGACGUGUCGAACGCGGCGUUGAAAGCCACCUCGGAGCCUCUGCCGGCGGCAAGGCUCGCACCGCAUGUCUGCCGCUCGGUGAAGGAUCUCCUGAACCAACCUGCGAAAAUCCUCGAACAGCUUUCCGCCGGCGCCCUGAAUGACCUCGCGAUAGCCUCGUUCAAGCGCGCGGCAGAUACGGUUGGUCGCGUGGAACGCUGA